UUGUAGCAUUUGUAAUGCUUGGAAAUCCUGUUUCUUCCCUUCAGAUUGGAAGAGUUAAAACCGAUGUAUCCCUGCUACCAAAAAAACCCGAAAAAAUACUAUGUCAGCACGUGAAGCUUCUUGUGAAGUCGGCUUGUGGUACUAUGCCAUAAUCCUGGCUCGUGUUAAAAGUGGAGGUGCAGCCUCCGGAGGGUUUAUUAUAGGGUUGUACAGGUGUCCUCCUGCUCUUAAACACUCUGAAGCAAUUAGCAGCGUUUCCAUUUUAACUCGGCGGGACUGUACAGCGCCUCCCCAUGCAGAGCCCGGACGGAUCACGUUGUGUCCCAGCACCUCACAACGCUGGCUACCCCCACUCUUUUCUCCAGGCGGGAUUCAAAGCGUAAUCGUGCCUGCUGUCUAACGUUAACCUCGUUUGGCAGAGGCUGGAGAACGGGCGAGAGAGACAGCGGGCUCCGUGGGCUGCCAGCGCCGGCCAGCCGGAGCAGCCACGCUGAAGCCAGGUCGUGUGGGGCGGUAGAGCUGAUCCUAUGCUACUAGGACUCUCCGGGCAAGGGAGAUUCAGACGUGGAUUUAAAUGCUGUGUGGACACAUAGGGGAGUGGGUAUCUGAGCUUAGGAGGCAACAUUUUACUCUAGGGGCUUUUGCAUCCCCGAUGGUCCCUCAUGAGCUGCGCUGAGGGCACGGAGGGGAGGGCAGCAAAUCAGUGUGAAGCAGGAAGUGCUGUUGAACCUUUCUGGCUGCAGUAAGGAGCUAAGUGCAUUUAGUCCUCGUGCUUCAGACUGAAACUGGCUCGUCUUUCAAGGAGGAAAAUAAAGCCUGCGAUAUUUGGAGAUUCAUUUGGUAUACAUUGUCCUUCCCUCUUCUGCUAGCCCGCUCUGAGAGCAUGUAGAGGAGCGGAGCUGUGUUUGUGUUUCUCCACGCUUCCUCUCCCUGCUUGCUGAUAAAUAAUCUAUUUCACUGCCUGUGCUAGGCUUCUUCUCUUAUUGCCUUACGUUGCGAUAUUGGUUUUCGAGUCCUUUAAAUAUGAACUAAAGAAUCACCUCCAGCGUUGCAGUUUUCAUUGUGUUCCAUGGGUAACUUUCCUUCACCCCCGCCCCUGUAGCUCAGCCCUGCGCCAUGUAGAUACCCUUGGCAUUUUAUUCCAGGGCCGACCCUAAAUGUAUGGAUUACUUCUUUUCUACCAACGUACAUUUAGCAUACUGAUGAUGAACCAGAAUACAAAAAGCCUGAUAGAUCAAAAGCAUUUUGUAUGGGCAGUUGAACAGGAGGUGAAUAUAUAACGCUUUUGUUCAUCAAUAACUCUUUGGCUUUGACCUGUCUGAGCAAGUCGUGCAAUAAGGUGAAACGCAGGUCACAGCGUCUAACAAAUAUGAAAAUGUGUAGUAUUAGGCAGAGCAGGGAGCUGCUACUUCCCCAGCCCCAUCACUUCUCCCUGGGCAGCCCUCUGCAGGCUUGUCCGCUGCCGGGGGCUACCCCAAACCCGGGUCCUAUUUGGGGGGGAUGUUACCCUGUCUGUUCAGCCGCGUGGUUAAGACCUCCUCCGGGGGGGGCAUGUAUCCCCCCUCCCCUCAGAGAAAGAAGGAGAAAGCGUGGCGAGCUGCUUAAAAUAGUUGGGUGGAGAUUUAAAUAAUCGGGGGGUGGAGGGGAGGAAGAGAAUAUUAGAAUCACAAAGUCGUUUCGAGUUGCACUUGCUGUGAAGAAGACACCACCGCAGUGGUAAGAAAGCACAUGUUUAAAAAUAGCAUCCCAGAGAUCAGGCAGCUGGGAGUUGAAGCCAGGCAAACAAACCGGUACACAUCGCUCGGAUAAACGCAACACCCCCAAAUCUGCCCUCCGCAGUGGUUGGAUGUAUCACACCCGCACCAUUAUUUGUCCUUAUGGUGCCUGUUUUAAAUAGUGGAAGGAGAAGAGGUUGACCGCAGGACAGCAGUGAGGAGCUGGGUCAGACACAAUUCAUGAACUUUUGUACUCCUGUGUGCUGCUGUCGACAAAGUAAAAAUAAUGAAACUUUGUGAUAUGUUUGUAAAUGAUUUCGGCUGACCUCUCGCCCUGCCCUUCACCAUAAACGCUACGGCGGGGAGAACCUGGGAGGGUGCGAGGCUGCGGCUCGCAGGCAGCUCGCGGGGAUAAUAGCUAGACCAGCAUAAUGGGAUGAAGGUAAAUUUGGAAACUCUCUUCUUCCCCAGAGCAACUAACUCCAGUCUUUAAUCUCUUUUUCACCAAUUGCUGUUUCUAUUGUCGGCUGUUAUACUUCUGUUUCGAUUUUUUUAAAAAAUUCUUUGUUAUUUGGGGGGAUUUCUAAUUACGGAAAAUGUCUUCAGAUCCGUGUUAGCCUAAAUAGAUAAAGAUUAUUUUCUAAAUUUUGUUAACCAUUAUUAUUCUAAAUAGAGCAAUUCGACCCGUAACGUCCGUUUUCCUUAGCGAGGACUUAAACGGCAGAGUAUUUAAAUGAGCAUCAGGUCUUUCUGAGAAUUUGGUAGUCGAAAUUCGUCGCUAUAAAUUGGUGAAGAGUCGUAUAGCUCUGCUGCAGCACCAAUAACAAGCGUGAAUAUUUUCUGAAAUGCUACCUUCCUGCAAAUCUGUAUUUCAGAACUGAGUCCCAGCAGAAUAGUUUGCAUUCCUCAGAAGACAGUAAGGACUAAGAGAAUUGCAAAGACCUGCUAUUUUGUAGAUGAAAACAGAAUGUUAUUACGUUGUCUAUAUAUACCCUGUAGAACCGAAUUUGUGUGAUAUUCAUAUAGUCACAGAUUCGAUUCUAGGGGAAUAUAUGGUCGAUGAAAAAACUUCACCUUUCUGCAAAUGGUUAGAAGUUUAAAUACUGGCGGAAUCAAAAGGCAUGUGCGUCCUGAAAACUCAGACAUUAUGAAAGUUUUGCUGCCUCGCUCCUAUUUGCUAGGUUUUAGGACGUUUCUUAAAAUUCGAGUUGUCGUUCAGUCGUAACUCUCAGUUGUCGUUCAGUCGUACCUCUCAUUGACAGACUGUGAAUUUAAACAGUUAGUGUCACCAGAAGUUACAAAUUUUCUGAAAAAAUAUCUACCAAUCAGCGAAUGAAUCUUUAAAAAGAUACCCAUAAAUUAGCUAGAUAUGCCAGACGUUAGCAAAAUUUUCCUGUCAAGGGUCCAGAUCGCAUCAAAAUAUUUACGACAGCAGCAAAAGCAGCAUUCACCUCACUUGAAUGUAUUUACUUGUGCCCCUGGAAUGAUAUUGAUGAAUGAAGACAGAAUUUAUCUAAUUAAAACCGUGAUAUUUUUAACCUAAUUAAAUGCCGUCUCCAGUUCAACUGAUUGAACUUUAGUGGUUAAAAGUGAACGGUUUCCUGCCAUCUGUAUGAUUUUACAUACAUACGUGUGUACGUUUACAUGUAAACGUGUGCGUUUGCGUCUGUGUGCGCAUACGUACACACGCAUAAGUGUUGAGGCUUGCAAAGUGAAUGAGAAGUUACUGAUUGCCUAAUUUUAUUCAGCAGAACUAAAUUCUGGUAACUUUUGGGUGACCUCUGCGAGACAAAGACAGGACAGAUCUAUUGUACAUGAUAUUACCCUCUUCUUUGACAGCUUUUCUUUUCCUUGCCUCCUAAUCAGUUUUCUCCCUUUUAAUCCCUCUCCAGCUCCUCGCUCUGUACGUUUCUUUCGAUAUUUUAUUUAAAGCGAGGUAACAAAACCCGGUGGCGAUUGCGGCUGGUAAAUCAGACGGUGGGGCAUCCUCCCUCGGGGCUGGGGGAAGGCAGCUCAAACAAAAGGCUGGCCCUACCUGCCGGCCGGGGAGGCGGCUGCCGCCCGAGGAGCAUCCCUACACCUCCGGUACCUGAUUUGGGGGGUGCGACCCGCCAGAGAGGGGGUCACUCGGUUACAGGGGUAUUAUUCAGUGAAAUCGGUGGAAAUGCGGAGCUGCGGAGAAAUCCGGUGAUCGGCUCCCGCCUCCCCAUUGGCCGGGCCGGUCACAUGCCCGCCUAACUUUAUUCAGUUGACAGCAAGUAGGAGGGCUCUAUGGCAGGGGAAAAAAAGACAACACGAGAAAAAUUAGUAUUUUCUACCUUCAGAAAUUAAUGGCCAUGAGUUCGUAUAUGGUGAACUCUAAGUAUGUGGAUCCCAAAUUUCCUCCUUGCGAGGAAUAUUUGCAGAAUAGCUACCUAGGCGAGCAGGGGGCCGAGUACUACAGUGCCUCGCAGGGCUCUGAUUUCCAGCACCAGGGACUCUACCCACGGUCAAACUACAGCGAGCAGCCCUUUAGCUGUAGCAAUGCCCAAGGCUCCGCCGUGCAGCCGCGGGGUCAUGGACAGGAGCAAUCCGGCCCAGCGAGCCACUUCCCUGGCCAAGCAGAGCAUUGUCCACCGCCUCCAAUGCCCAACUCGCGAGCCUGCAGCCAGCAACCGGCCCUCAAACCCCCAAACGGGUCAGCAGUUAAGCAGCCAGCAGUAGUUUAUCCCUGGAUGAAGAAAGUCCAUGUUAACUCGGUGAAUCCAAAUUACAACGGAGGGGAACCUAAACGCUCCCGCACAGCUUACACCAGACAGCAAGUCCUAGAACUGGAAAAAGAAUUUCAUUUUAACAGGUACCUGACAAGGCGCCGCCGUAUCGAGAUAGCCCACACUUUGUGUCUCUCUGAGCGCCAGAUCAAGAUCUGGUUUCAGAACAGAAGAAUGAAGUGGAAAAAAGAUCACAAACUGCCCAACACGAAGGGCAGAUCUUCUUCCUCGGGUUCAAACCCCCAUUUACAGACUGGUUCCAAGGACCAUCAGACUGACUUGACAACUUUGUAGAAGAGGUGAAAUUUUCCAUUUCAUCCUUCGCUUCUGACCGGUACUGUACAUAACUGACACUGCCCAAGCAGAAUCUGCAUGUAGCAGCUAAGGACUCGAGAAACUGUCAUCUUUCUUUAAGGUACUGUUGUACAAAGGAGACAAAAUGACGCUACUUUGGACUUUAUUUUAUUUGCCUCUGCUAGCACAUCCUAAAAAAAAAAAAAAAGGGGGGGGGGGAGAGAUGGAGGAGGAAGAAAAAAAAAAGCAUCAUGCAGGCAGUGGGAAUUGGGCAAAUAUUAAACGAGACCUUCUGUCCAUAAAAAGUAAUAAAUCAUUGAAAAUGAAACUGUCCUGUGUUUCAGUUUUGAAUUCGAAAGUGAAGGUUUGAUGUUUUAUUCUGGGAUUUUCACUUUUAAUAGUCUUUUUAUCCCAUGCAAUUUCGGAAGGAUGCAUUUAGGCAAGUUGAGGACAUGAUAUGUAUAGCAUAGUCUUUAAUUUGAAUAUAAAGACUGGUAAUUGUGAACUUUCUGUGCUGCUUUACCUUUCCUGGUAUAAUGAAAAUACUUGCUCAUUUCCAUAACGUCUCAGAAGGUGUGCAUAGGAAUUAAGUGAAAACGGGUUAUUUUAUGUACUAAUAGUGUUAGUGUAUUUAUUUAUUUGUUACAUAGAAGAGUGAAGAUAAAAACAAAAAAGGUCAAACCAAAAAUGGGGAAGGGGAGCUGAAAUACAGUACUUUUUCUUCCCAGUCUCAUGAACACAUGUAUAAUGUUUACUUGUCUUGAACGUACACAACUUUCUCGACCCUUUUUUUGAAUUUCCUUUGUGAAUAGGACAAGCGUCUCUGCUCCUUACUGUGUGCCAUCCAGGGCUAACAGGCUUGAAAUCUGUUUCCAAAGUCUGCUCUGCUCAGCGCUGUGCUUUAAACCAUCGAUACCUCAUUUAAAAACGGAGAAAACAAACAAACAAAUAGACCACAAGCCACCAGGAAAAAAAAAAAAAAAAGCAAAAAACAACAAAACACACAAAAAAACCCAGAAUGAAAAAUUAAAGCUAUUUCUCAUAUAACCUGAGCCUUUCAAAGCUGAAAGCUGAAUGCAUUGUUUCUAUCAGAUUUUACAUUUAUUUUCUGUCCAAGAGAGAGACAGGCUAUGUAGGUUGCUGCUUUGUUUUGUUCUGAGGUUAUUUUUGUCCUUUUUUUUUUUUUUUUUUUUUUUAGAACAAUGAUUGUUUUUAAGCAGACUAAGACACAUGACUACAAUGGUUAGAAAUCCCAGCAAGUUGCUUCCAGGGAAAGGGAAAAGGCUUGAAUGGGAACAGAGCUAAUACCCACGGAUUUGUCCCUGGCUGAUGGCCGCAUCGUGCCAAAGUUUUAGUGCGUUAAUAACUACCAAACCCAGCCAAACCAGCUCCCUCAGCUACUUACACCUUCGCUUAGGCGAUUUUAAAGCUCAGCCCUUAUCUCCUGUACCCUCAGGGCAGCCUGGGAGAGGGACCAUACCAUCGAAAUUGUAACGAGGUGAUGCCUUUAUUAAAGAGAAAAGAGGCAAAGAAGGAAUCCCAGAGCAAACCCUGAAGGGAGGUGGAAAGAGCAGGGAGUGAGUUAACGUGCACAUCUCCAGGCUGGGUGCUUCCCACCGAAGACUCACUACUUUCUGGGCUCACUAGGGAAAGCACUGGCCAAAAUGGGCUUGAAUUAAUUCGAAAAUAAAAGGAGAGCUUUUCAACAGGGGUGUAUUUAGCAGCAUUAACUGUGGCGAGCGGUUAAUUUCUGCCCUUUUCUCAUCCCUAGAAGUCCGCAAUGUGUCUUGUAAGACUUGGUCUUUUCUUUUUGGAGCCUGGAGAAAACUCUUUGUUCUUCCUUAGGGUUAGCCCAGUUCUCAGACUUGCACAUGGCAAUACUUGAAUAUCUCCACGUCGUGAUAUUAAAGAUGGAUAUUCCUGCAUUAUUCGCAUCAUUGUUUCUGUGACAAAAAGCACCGGGUUCAUACAUAGUAAAGACGUCUUUUUUCUGACGCCUUCACGUUGAGAAGCUGAAAAGGUAUUUUACUGAAGUUCGGCUAAAUUGCAGGAACAGGUUCACCCAGAGGACAAAUUUUCUAUUCGAUUAGUUGUAUUUCAGCCGGGAAGAGUGACCUCUAAACCCUUAACCUUUUGGACCCAAACUACCCUUCCCUUUCUCUGGCAUGGAGAGCAACUAGAAGCAACGCUUGAGGAGGGAAUUCCUGAGACAAGUUUUCAAGUUUUGUUACUCCCGGUUCCUGUGGUAGCGGCCUUCUGCCUCCAGAGUUGUCCAAAACCCUCCCUAUGCUCUUCAUACAGAUCUGAGGAAACAAAAGAGAAAGGGAAAAAAACCCCACAAACCAACAACAACCCAAACAAACUACCCACCACCCUCUCCGGCUGCUGUUAUUCCAAAUUCUCCUCCCGGACCCCCGCUGUUUUCUUAAAAUCUGUGAUAAGUUGGCUGGGAGCGGGGUAAACGUGUUAUUUGAGAGAGAGCUACCAACUUUGGCAUGUGUAGUAGAGUUCAGGAAAAUAAUGGCCUUGGAUAAGCAAAUCCUGGCUUAGUGCUUCUUAUCGACUGAGAUGGCUCCCAAAAUUAAAGGGCCAAAUUCUGGUCCCAGAUUUCCUUUCCUUGCCCACUGAAGUCAAACAAGGAUGUAGCUGCGAGCAGAAUUUGUCUCGUUGUCUUUUGAAAUGUUAAUGUCUCCAGGACGAGUGUUGGGUUCAGCAGGCACAGCUCUUACAUCCCGUUUUCAAGUCCCCUUUGAGCAAGGCUGGGCACUGUAAGUUUACAUAGUUGUAAUUACACUGUAAGCUCGAAGAAUACAUAAACUGGAGGCAGAAAGUACCAAAAGAAAUAGUUUUCAGCUGCCAACGCUCUGAAGGGCCGGGAAUGUCUGUAAUAACGACCAGAAGCACCCACUGGUCAUUAUCUCCCGUGGAAAACGAACCUGAGGUUUAAUUUUUGUUGGGUUUUAACACUCCUUCAGAGUUAUUUUGUGUAGGAGAGGAAGCUGUUUAUUUUUGUUUAUCGUGGGUGAAUCGUUGUGCAUUGGAGCCUUUGUUAAAUGGUCGCAUUGUCCAGCAAUAAUCUCAGAUCUGUUAAAGUGCUAUGCUUUUUAUAGACUUUGCCAAUGAUUUGCUGCCAUUGAUUAAAGCGUUAUUUAUACUAAUUGUUGCCUGUAGUUUUGAUGUAAGCCAUCUAUAUACAUUUGAAAUAAUAAAAGGUGUAGAGAAAUA